CUGGCAAAGGGAAGGUGCCCGGUCCCCAGGCACAGCCCCGGGAUGGUGCAAAGGCAGAGCACGGACAGAAGCAGCCUUACCCUACCCCACAGGCAGGAGCCUGUCCGCUGGGGAGCCAGCGGUUGCUCAAAUCCACACAGGCAGCGGAGACGGAGAGGCCAUCAGAGGCAGACCUCACCCCAGUCGGCAGCUUCCAGGCGGCAGAGAUGGAGACCCCACCAGAGUGUGUGACGGCACGAGGACCAUUGACUCCAGGGCUUCACCAGAUCAGCCGGGAUUACGAGCAGGAAUUCCCUGAGGUGCAUGUCGGUGCGAGGGCUGUAAAGAGAACGACCCACAACAUGGAAAAUGUGGAUCUGGAGAAUGAGGAAUUAGACAGUGAUGAGGAAUGGGAACAGCUCAUCGAGGCUACCGACCCUUCAGCCUUGCAGCUUAGCACACCGCUGACCCUCCUGAGAGACCAGGCCUUCCGGGAGCGUGUGUGCGCCAGGCUCAGGGACUCCAGCUCUCAGGUGCUGGAGGGGAUGCUGGAGGGUGCGUCCAGGCUACGACCAGCUCUGAGGGUCAUCGGAAACCUGCUCGCCACUCGCUGCCACUGGGAUCUGCUGCACUCCUUCUGCCAGCGGCUGGAGCUGCCCGAGUUCCUGCUCCAGCUCGCCGGCCAAAUGCUGCACACCGAGCGAAUCAGACAGCAGCCGUGGUGUGUGACGGUUCUGUCUGAUCUGCUGGCUGUCCUCGCUGCCUAUUUCUCCAGCGAUUUCGAAGUGGAGCCCUCAGGAGCUGGCAGCGGCAUCAAAGUUUUGGAGCAGUCAGCGAUCCAGUUUCUCCAGCUCCUGGAACAGCUUCUCGCCCAGGCUGAGAUGGGACUGAGAGAGCAAAGCAUCAUGUGCCUUAUCUUUAUCUGCGAGACUGUCGACCAAAGCUCUCCCGCUGUGUCCACCCCAUUCUAUACACACCUGCUGACUACACACCGGCCUGUCUUGGCUGCUGUCCUCCGAGGAACCCACAGUGGGAGGACUGAAGGGCCAGCGGGCGACCGACAGGCUACGCGGGAACGCUGGGACCGGCUGCUGGGGAUGCACACAGCUGCCCUGGCCGCCACCUGCACUGUCUCGCCGGGAGCGACAGUCUGCCGACAAGCCAAGCACCAGAUAGCUCAAUACAUCAGUGACACACUCUUCACAGCAGAGAGCACCUCAAAAAGGACAAGAUUCAUCAAGGGAAUCCAACAGCCCACAUUGUGUCUCAACACUCUGAAGGUACUGUACUCCUGUUGUCAAGUGAGUAAAGCGACCUGUCAGCUCUUGGUGGACGAGGCCCUGAACACUUUACUGCUACUCCUUCAGUGCAAGUUGUCUCCUGAUGACACCAUUCUGUCUCAGACCGUGGAACUGACUCUCUACCUCUUGACGAUCCUGGUCAUUCAGUUGGAUCAUGUGCCUGAGCCCCUAGAGCACUCGGUGGGUUUCAUUACGUCAAUCUUGCUGCAGUCUCACACGCCUGCUCACACUUGUGCUGCCGCCCUCCUGAUCAUUCAGCUGAGCAGUCGAGGAUCCCCUGUGGAGAUUCGGAAUGAAGAUACCCUCCAGACAUUCCAUAUGGCUCUGCUGUCCUCCGUACAGCUCACGGUUUUGCCACCGUUAGACCUGGGAGCGUUUGAUGGUUUGCUGACUCUCUUGGUGCAGCUUCUGAAUGAGGGCGAGCCAGCGGCCCUUGCAGACUUUGCUGACUCGGAGUUGUGGAACACGGCAUGGCAUCAUCUGGCCCGGGUCCUCCGUCUCACCGGAGACAGGCCCGUCAUGGAAGGGGAGACCCCACGACCCGGACAACCCAGCCCAAUUCCAGACUGGAACACCAUCUCUCCCUCAGGUAUUCUAGCAUUCCUGGGAUUGGCUACUCUGGUUUUCACUGCAGUCCCUUACCAAUGCCUCCCACUCCUGGCCAGCCCAACCAGCGUCGUGACAACAACACUUCGCCAGCUGCUGUCUGAUGGCUUCCUUGAUCAUCUGGCUCAAAGGUUGGAGCCCUCUGCUGAAGCCUGGGUGGAUUCUGCGCACGAUGUGGUCCUGAGAGUUUGUCAGCUGCUGUGCUUUCCCUUUGCAAUGGAUGUAGAGGAGCCAAUGUUCAGUGAUAUACUGCUAGCUCUGCUUGAGGGAGAGUUCGUACGGCAUCUUGUACAGGUGAUCCUGCACCGUUUGCCGGUGCCCUCGGCCGAGAUUGCCCUCAGCCUCCUGUGCCGCCUGGUGCUGAGCGGCGACGCCUUUGUGGAGCAGUUUGUGAGCAGCUGGCCCCCCUCCUCCCGGUACCUGGCCAGCCUGCUGCAGUGCGGCCAGACCGCCGCCGCCUCCGCCUGCCUGUCCGAGCUGCUGUCCCUCCUGGCCCAGGUGGGCCGCUCGCCGGCCGGCCGCGCCCUGCCGUUCCUGAGGGAGGCGCUGGCGAGCGGCGAGGAGGCGGGGGCGGAGGCGGGGGAGGGGCGGGCCCUGCUGCGGGCGCUGCAGCACCCGGACGCCGCGGUCCGGCGCAAGGCCUGCGGCCUGGCCGGCAGGCUGCUGGGCGAGGCGGGCGGCGAGGGCGGCCGGCGGCCGCUGCUGGACCAGGUGCUGGCGCGGCUGCGGGACCCGGACCCCGGGGUGAGGGAGGCCGCCAGCCUGGCCAGCGGCAACGCGGCCUACCGGGCCGGCCCCGGCCCAGGCCCCGGCCCCGGCUCCGCCCAGGCCCUGGCGGCCGCCCUGCCGGCCCUGGUGGGGCUGCUGAGCGACGCCCGCCCCCGCACCCGGCGCCACGCCGCCUGGGCCCUCCACAACCUGGCCCACGGUGGUGGUGCCGCCGCCGCGGCCGCCGGGCUGGGCCGCUCCCUGCUGAGGGCCGCAGCCCCCCAGCGCCUGCUGGAGCUGGCCUGCCGGGACGGCCGCGCCGGCGUCAAGGAGGCGGCGCUGGCCGCGCUGCGGGCUCUCGCUCGCUGGCCCCAGGUACGCGAGGUGCUUAUCUCAAUGAAAUCGUGCGAGAAGCUCUCCGUGGUGUGUCAGCACACAAAGCAGAGAGCAGCCUUCUCAGGAUCGGCUGGCCUGGUUAGUCCCAGGAGCUCCGCCCAAAGCGUGCUUCAUCACUGUAACAGGCUGCUGGAAAUCCUCACCCCCACACACAGCGCGUGAGCAACAACAGAUACAUGGGUGGAGGCUAGGGAGCGGCAGCAGGUCAGAGAGAGAGGGAGGGAAAGGGAUCAGUGAGAGAGAGCGAUGGAAACGCAUCAGAGAGAGAGACGCGGAGGGAGAAAGGGA